GCAAAGAACCAUUUGUCUUUCAAACAGAGAAAACAAAAGACCAACAUUUUGAAUCACUAAUCUUGCUAAAACCUCUCCUUCUCAUCAAAUCAUAGCUGUGGUAACUGCAUCAUGGAUACAGUAAACCGUUUAGUGGAAGACAAACCAGUGGUCAUCUUCAGCAAGAGCUCAUGCUGCAUGAGUCAUUCCAUGAAACAACUGAUAAGCAGCUACGGAGCAAACCCAACAGUAUAUGAGCUGGAUGAACUUCCAAAUGGAAGGGAAAUAGAUCGAGCAUUACAAAAGCUAGGGUGUAAGCCAGGAGUACCAGCUGUGUUCAUAGGCCAAAAGCUCAUAGGCGGGGCUAAUGAUGUCAUAAGCCUCCAAGUCCAAGGCAAACUCGUACCCAUGUUAAUGGAUGCUGGUGCCAUAUGGAUUUGGAACAGAACCAAUUAAUAAUACAAGCAAUUGAUUAGGAUUAAGAGAGGAUAAGUAAUUUUUGAUUUCCUUUCUUAAACCUGUUUUUUGACUUUUUUUUAAAUCUUAGCUAGCAUAUAGAUUUAGAAAAAAGGAUAAGGAAAAGGAAAGUGAGUACUAGCAAGAAUUAGCAUAAUGAGCUAAGGUGACCAUUGAACCACCACUCACCAGACAACAGCUUAUUCAUAGACAUUUAUAAUGAAGUUUAGAAGAUUUUGUCCUGUUUGAAAAGGCAAAUGCUGAAUUGCUGAAAUACUGUGCUUAAUUUUACUAAUGCCCCCCCCCCCUCUCCGCCCUUUCUUCUGCCAGGUUGCCACAUCCUAAAAAUGAACGAAGAUAUCCCUUAUCACACUAUAGAAUAUUAACAACCAGAUCUGAACAACAAAACAGGGCGGGAGGAGAAUCCCCCAGCCAGUGCAGUAAAAGAACAGAAAGGACCAUAAAACAAUGAUCAAAGGUAAAAGAAAUUAGUCUUGUUUUUCCAGAAUAUGUUGAAAGGCAAAAUAUAGAAUAGGAGACUGACUGGCACAGAGGAAUUCAGAGCUCCAAUCAAUGGAAGAAACAAAAUUUUCUAUUAGUCUCUAUCAUGUAGAACUCUAUUGUUACUUUGGAAUUUCCCUUCUCUUUAUUCGUAUUUCCUACCCCUCUGUGUUCUCUAAUUCGUCCAGGUGCAGUUUUGUUUGGGUUCUUUGAAAUAUUUAUUGCUAACACUCAGAACUAGAUAGAGUAGUGAAUUAGUGAUCUUCUUUCUCUUAUAAAAAUUUAUGAAAAAUAGGCGACUCAAAGCUGAUGUUCCAUCAGUACUUGAAGUAA